CAACAACUACGAAUUCCCUCAGCAAUCAACAUUGCCCUGCCAGAGUACGAAAUGCGAGAGAAACCGGUCAGUCAUCGAGCCUCGACUCCUCGCACCACACGUCGCCGCGGUCGAGGUACAACACAACCUUCAGCCGAAGACCCUUGAAUCGAACGCAAAAGCAGAUCUAAGUCUGGAUAUAUUCAACUAUAGUACGGAGCAGCUGAAUAAGCUCAGAGGUACUCCUCGGUAUUGUCCGGGGUAACUUUGGAAGCUGAUAUGCCCAUUUUUAAGUGCAUGAAUGACUAUGCUAUCCGUUCAAGACGCUGAGCGAGAGCCACACUCUGUUCAGCCCCAUAUUUCUGAAUCGUGUGGUGACUUCAGCGGGGAACAAGAUGCAUUGAAAGCACUCGGUGUAAUGGAAAACAUUGAUCUUUCGAUUUGCGCUAGACCAUACCCAGCGAUUGCAGUCUCUGACAACACGUAUUGUGAACUGCUAUCAUGACCUCACGGUCGACAGCACAAGCGCUACAUUCCCGAACCGACUCUCCAUGCGCAUGGCAAUAUGGUCGGCGAUUGUUUCAGUCUGGGCGGAAUGUAGCGGCAAAUCCGCAGUGCGAGAUCCAGACGUUGUCAUUGAUGUUAUUGAUAUCGGAUCGACAGAUUUUUCCCCACAGAUAUCGUGGAGUAUUUGUCAUGAGAACCUAUUCAAUGACUACGUUGACCUUCUUUUACCACCUGGCCAUCUUUCCGUCAAGCAACCGAUGGACACGGUGGAUUUCAAAAGUCUAAUCAGAUUGGAUCAGCUCGGCGGAAGAGGCUGUACUACUCUUGUGUAUGCCCCUUCAGACCCCCAGUCUCAGUUUGUGUUCAAAGGAAUCGACUUCAGGACCUUUUUGAACAGCUACGAAAGUGGGCACAUUGGGGAGGAAGUGAAAAUCUACUAUCGAUCAGUGGAGCUGGUCAGCAACAUGCCAUGCCAUCCCAACAUUAUGCCCCCUGCGCAGACUCUAAUCACUAUUUGCAAACCUGGCGACGACACGCCAUUUGUGUGUGGCAGUCUCUAUCCAUUCUUCCCCAAUGGCAGCCUUGCUGGUCAUAUCGAGAAGAAUAACGAGUCCAACGAGCGAAUAUCACUGUCAUACAAGGCUCAAUGGUGUUAUCAGAUGGCUGCAGCAAUUGCGCAUACUCACUUUGUUGUCCAUACCUACCACAUGGAUAUUAAGCCGGGGAAUUUCUUGCUCGAUGCAGAUUACAAUAUUAUGCUUAUAGAUUGGGAGCAAAGCGAUGCCCCCGUUGCCACUGCAGCCCCAGAGAUCGAUAGCACAUUGGACGUAGAAGAAAUACCAGCAGAUGGUCUGACUCCUGCCCUUCGAUACACGAAAUACACUGGACCGGAGCGCCGUAAUAUGCCCAUGACUACACCUGGUGACAAUGGUUGGAACGUAUGGAACGUAUUUUUAGUAUGGAGCAAGCAAUGUCCGAGAGCUCUGGAGCUGGCUGAAGUAUUUAGUCUGGGCCGAACUAUGUGGAUGUUACUGCGCCAACCGGAAAUGAACACUUUCAAAGACGUAAUGAGCACGGACGAAGUGGUAGAAGACUGGAAAUCAUCAGAGGACAUCCCAGCACAUUGGAGGCACGCCGUACAAGAUUGUCUUAAGCACGACCCGAAUGAGAGGAUUGGCCUGUGCGAGCUGGUUGCUUUCUGGGAUAAUGCAAGGCAUGAGAUGAAUGAAAGCUCAGAAAACUCCAUUGGACAUAUUUGUGGCACGGUCUAUCGGUCACCCGUUAUUCUAUGAGUUUUACAUUUCUACAUUGCUAUUCCUCUGUCUGCCCAAUACCCUGAGCCAUUUCCAGUACCUCAUUCACAGCCGCCAGAACCUCUCCAUCAACAUCCUCAUUUGUCUUUCUCAAAGCCCAGUAGUAGAUACUUGCUAUCUUGGCAGUGUAUCCAGCAUAGCCCCAGUUCCUUAAAU